ACAGCCCCUGGGGUUACACUAGAAUAGAGGCCCGGCCCUGCCUCCCUAUUGGUCGCCUCUGCCUGGAAUUCUCCAUCCCUUCAUGACCAGCCUGUGGAGUCAACAUGUGCUUGUCAGUCAGGCUCCAGGGCGAGGUGGGUGCAGGAUGUGCCAUACACACAAUAGUUCUGCAGUGUAAACUAUGGGAUCCCUCUAGAGGACGGGCCCCCUGUUAGGGCCAGCUGUCCCAGCAGAUCCCUGGAUCCCGGAUUUCUUGCAGCUGGAGGGGACGAUAUCAGGAAUGUACUUACUGCUACUUACUGCACCGAAGUGUACACUGCAGGGUGAGGAAGACGAGGGACAGAGAACGGCUUUAUUAUUAUUUAUCUAAUAUUAUGUUCAAUACAUAUAGAUACAUUGGUGACUCUUCCAUGAUUGUAAGGCGUUGACGACAAGAUGGCGGUGAACAGCAGGAACAGCGAUUGUGUAACUCACAGCAACGGUGGCCUCCCAUCCAAAACACAUUGUACCGGUCAAACCACGUCCAGCGAUGGCGACCAAACGCCUCUGACCACAGAGGAACCCAGACUUAAAGUCAGUCCCAAUGGAUGCAUUUCCCACAAUGGUGCGGCCAAGCCUUGCCCUAUGUUCCUAGAGCACCAGAGACCGACCAUCGUCGCCCAGUGCUGCCACCACUGCGCCUAUCAUCCUCCGCUGACCAGUCGGCAGGACUGCGCUCCCCUGAAUGGAGGGACUGCCCCCUGCGCACUGAAUUCCGGGUGUUCUCAGCAGCAUUCGGAGUUCUCUCCAAACUCUGUGUGUCCAAACCACCCACCUGUGUACCACCCCGUCUGCUGCGUUCAGCCGCCCACGUCCUUCUGUCUCCACCAAUGGCGCGACCAUUUCCAGCACCAGCAAGUGCCGCCUCACCUAGUGAAUAUAAGAACCGCGAAACCAUUCCAGCUUCCCAAAAGUUACGCAGCUUUAAUAGCAGAUUGGCCGGUGGUGGUUCUCGGAAUGUGUACCGUACUGAUCGUGGUCUGUGCCCUGAUCGGCAUCUUGGUGCCGGAUCUCCCGGACUUUUCUGAUCCACUCCUGGGGUUUGAGCCCAGGGGGACUGCCAUUGGCCAAAGACUAGUGACCUGGAACAACAUGGUAGAGAACACAGGAUACAAGGCAACACUGGCCAACUAUCCCUUCAAAUAUGCAGAUGAGCAAGCGAGGAAGUAUCAUCAGGCCGAAAGAUGGUCAGAAGAUCACUACGAUAGGGAAAAAAGACAGGUAGACUGGGACUUCCACAAGGACAGCUUUUUCUGUGCGGUGCCAAAUGACCACUAUUCUCGAAUUGUAUUUACCUCAGUGAAUGGACAGAGUCUAUGGAAUUUGCAAGCCAUCAAGUCCAUGUGCAAUAUAGACAAUACAAGGAUCAGAUCCCACUCACAGUUUUCAGACCUGUGCCAGAGGACAACGGCAGAUUCUUGUUGCCCCAGUUGGACUUUAGGAAACUACAUUGCCAUUCUUAACAACAGAUCAUCAUGCCAUAAGAUUGUAGACCGAGACGUUUCUCACACGCUCAAACUAAUUCGUACAUGUGCCAAAUAUUAUCACAACGGAACGUUGGGACCAGACUGCUGGGAUAUGGCGGCCAAGAGGAAGGACCAGCUGAAGUGUACAAAUGUGCCUCGAAAAUGUACAAAGUAUAAUGCGGUCUACCAGAUUCUCCAUUACCUGGUAGAUAAAGACUUCUUCAACCCAAAGAAUGUGGAUUUCCCCAAUCCAGUUUUAAGGCACAGUAUGCUCUUCUCCCCAACCGAAAAAGGGGAGUCCAUGAUGAACAUUUAUCUAGAUAAUUUUGAGAACUGGAAUAGUUCUGAUGGUAUAACCACCGUCACAGGAAUUGAGUUUGGAAUCAAACAUAGCUUAUUUCAAGACUAUCUCUUAAUGGAUACUGUGUAUCCGGCAAUCGCCAUUUUAAUAGUCCUCUUGGUCAUGUGUGUAUACACCAGAUCCAUGUUUAUCACACUAAUGACCAUGUUCGCCAUCAUUAGUUCACUGAUUGUAUCUUAUUUUCUCUAUCGUGUGGUAUUUAAGUUUGAGUUCUUUCCCUUCAUGAACCUCACUGCACUGAUCAUUCUUGUCGGAAUUGGGGCGGACGAUGCUUUUGUCUUAUGCGAUGUUUGGAAUUACACAAAAUUUGACAAACCUCACGCGGAGACCUCAGAGACGGUUAGCAUCACCCUCCAACAUGCUGCUCUUUCUAUGUUUGUCACCAGCUUUACCACCGCAGCGGCCUUCUAUGCCAACUACGUCAGCAAUAUUACCGCAAUCAGGUGCUUCGGAGUCUAUGCCGGCACCGCCAUAUUGGUUAAUUAUCUUCUCAUGGUCACGUGGCUUCCUGCCGUAGUUGUCCUACAUGAACGUUACCUCCUGAACAUUUUUACCUGUUUUAAAAGUCCUCAACAACGACCUUAUAACAAGAAAAACUGUUGGAAUGUAAUGUGCGAGAAGGUGCAGGAGCUUCUCUUUACCGUUUCGGAAGCAUCAAGGAUUUUCUUUGAGAAAGUGCUGCCAUGUAUUGUCAUAAAAUUCAGAUAUGUUUGGGUGUUUGGUUUCCUGGCCAUAACUAUUGGUGGAGCAUAUAUCGUAUGUGUCAAUCCAAAGAUGAAACUCCCAUCGCUAGAACUUUCGGAAUUCCAAGUGUUCAGGUCUUCUCAUCCGUUCGAGAGAUACGAUGCAGAGUACAAAAAGAUGUUCAUUUUUGAGCGUGUCCACCAUGGGGAAGAGCUCCAUAUGCCCAUUACUAUCGUCUGGGGAAUCUCUCCAGAAGACAAUGGAGACCCCUUGAACCCAAAAAGCAAGGGCAAGCUCAAACUGGACAGUAGCUUUAAUAUUGCCAGCCCUGCCUCACAACAAUGGAUUUUGAAUUUUUGCCAAAAGUUGAAAAACCAAACUUUCUACUAUCAAACAGAUGAACAGGACUUCACCAGCUGUUUCAUCCAGACCUUUAAACAGUGGAUGGAAAAUCAGGACUGUGAUGAACCUUCGCUUUACCCAUGUUGCAGCCAGUCAGGAUUUCCAUAUAAGCAAGAGGUGUUUGAGCUCUGUAUCAAAAGGGCUAUCAUGGAGCUCGAAAGGAGCACUGGUUACCAUCUGGACAGUAAGACUCCCGGUCCGAGGUUUGACAUCAAUGACACCAUCAGAGCUGUAGUGUUAGAGUUUAAAAGUGCUUACCUCUUCACCUUUGCAUAUGAAAAGAUGCACCACUUCUACAAGGAGGUCGAUGCCUGGAUUUCUAAGGAACUCCAGUCGGCUCCGGUUGGUCUCAGCAAUGGCUGGUUUGUCAGCAACCUUGAAUUUUACGAUCUCCAAGACAGCCUUUCCGAUGGAACAUUGAUCGCCAUGGGAUUAUCUGUUGCCGUAGCUUUUAGCGUCAUGCUUCUUACUACGUGGAACAUCAUUAUAAGUCUGUAUGCUAUAGUUUCCAUAGCGGGCACUAUAUUUGUUACUGUUGGCUCCUUGGUUCUUCUCGGAUGGGAACUCAAUGUUCUAGAAUCUGUGACCAUAUCCGUUGCUGUGGGUCUAUCAGUAGAUUUUGCCGUACAUUAUGGCGUUGCCUAUCGUCUUGCUCCAGAUCCAGAUCGAGAAGGCAAAGUGGUCUUCUCUCUAAGCCGUAUGGGUUCUGCUAUAGCCAUGGCUGCACUGACAACCUUCGUGGCUGGAGCGAUGAUGAUGCCUUCGACUGUUCUGGCCUACACCCAGCUGGGGACCUUCAUGAUGUUGAUAAUGUGCAUCAGCUGGGCGUUUGCUACCUUCUUUUUUCAAUGCAUGUGCCGUUGUCUAGGGCCACAGGGAAGUUGUGGUCAGAUUCCGUUGCCAAAAAAGUUACAGUUCAAAGCCUUUUCCCAAGCAUUGUCAUCCAGCACGACUGAAAGAGGACAGAACAAGGCGAAUCACAGUAAUAAGUAUCAGUUAGACACGCGAGGGACAAAGACGGAAUUGGAACAUGAACAUUAUGAACUGGAACCUUUAGCGUCACAUAACAGUAGCACAUCUUGAGGGACAUGUUGCAGCGAGAAACUGUUUGCACUCACAAUUGUUGCGUCUGUACUACCCAUUGUAGACAAACUGUAUGCAGUAUUGUAACAUUCAUGGCAGACUAUAUGUUCCCGGGACCGGCCUAGCCUUACCUAAGCCUGUGUGAUCCAACGCUUGCCACUUCUACAGUCAUGUGUCAUGAGCAGUGUCCACGUACAUAACCAUCAGUUGGCUCACACUAUGGAAUUGUCUGGUCAGACCUAUCCACCAUUACUAUGAUGCCUUUGACCCAUCAUUCUAGAGGUGUGAGGACAUUUGUACUGUAAAAUUUCUCUUUUCGCACAUCAUGGCUGCUUCCUUAUAAGAAUAGCACUACACCUGUCCACAGGUUGUUUAUAGUAUUGAAGCUGUACUCCAUUUACGAUAAAAGAGCCAAGCUCUAAUACCAAAUACAACUCGUGGACAGGUGUGGUGCUCAUUCUAGAAAGAAGCACCCAUGUUUUUUUCUAAUGUUAUGCCACCCCUUGAUGCCCCAACCAUCCUGCAGAAGACCAGUAAACCAGUAUCUUUUUAUGGGUGCUGAGAGGUGUCCUUGCCCUCGAUAAGAGUCCACAUAGUUCGUUUUCACAGUUUCAUAGAGUUUCAUUAUCAAUAGCUCUAUGACCAGACCAUCUACCAAUAUAUAUAAACGAGCACUGCAGGCAAAACAGAUACGUCAAUACAGGACCAUAGAGGUCACUUCUCUCAUGCUGUGCCCCCUGACCCCUACACCAGUGGACCAGUUUUGCCCAGAGUGCUCCUGGCAUCUAAACUGACCUUAAUGGCUCCAGCACAACGAAGUGGCAGUAGGUUGACAUUUUUUUUUUUUUUCAUUCAUUUUUGGUUUUGCUGGUUGAGCCCAUAAAACCGAUGCCCAAAUCUAGAAGGAUGUGUGUGAAGGAAAAAAGACGUAUGUGUGAGUAAAACGAAUAGCACUUCAGAGCAACAGUAAUGUACAUUGUCCUUCGCAUUUCAAUUUUCUGAAUGUCAGUCUUAGACCAAAAUAUCGGAACCUGACACUAAAUCUGUACAACCCACAAAGUGAUGUACCUCUGUCCAUUGUCAAGUGCAAUUCUUUUGAUUGUCUUAUGCCAAACAUUGAUGCCAACGUGCCUGCUGUAUUAAGAGAGAUAUCAAAGUUUAUGUCAAUAAAACCAUAUAGAGUAA